CGCGCGUAGACGUAGUGUCACUGUUCCCGUGUGUCCUGCGUAGUGGAGUCGUUACUAUGUUUCUCUGAAACAGCGGUUUUCAAACAGGUCGCGUCUUUGGCUGCGAAGAGUGGGUAUUGUGUAUUGCAUGCAGCAUAGGUGUAAAUCACGAGGUCUUGGUGUGUAACCCUGAUGUGGAGAUGUUUUAUAGGUUAGGUUCUGUCUUACCAUACAUUAUUGGAGGGAAAAAUGUUAAUGUACAAAAAGUGAGGUUAUAGGUGUACUAGCAACAAUCGUUGAUAGAGAUGCGUGCAUAAUAUGGCAAGUUCUUAGUGCAGUUUCAGUAGUACAUAAGUAGAAAAAUAAGGUUUUAUUUCUGAAGCGUAAGUUUAGAAGUGAAAAACUUCGUCUCAACUGAAACGAAUUUGUGAUUAAUGCGAAGUGACUGUGGAUUGUUUUACCUUAAAUUAUUCUAUAAGCAUUUGCGUUCAGUAAACUGAGUUACUUUGUGAUUUAAUUGGAUUUAAAUUACUUUUCUUUCCGUUUAACUUCGCCGUGCUUGAAGAAAUGUGUAAAUAUGCUUUAGAGUCUGUGUGUCUACAGGAGUGAUUGAUGGAUAAUAUAACGAACCGCGAAGAAUAAAACGACGUGAAAAUUUGAAAUAGAGAUGGAAGUUUAUUAUUAAAUAAUUAAACUUUACGUCCAUCGUAAUAUUGAAGCAAACGUGUUUGUGUGUAAGGGAGAAAAUCUUGAUGUAAUUACUAGAAGAGAAAAUUACGAUGCCAGAACAACGUAAUUAUGGCAACAGUGGUUCUGCCAAUGGGAUGGAGAUUGGUAACAGUAGUCAGGAACUGGUUUCGAAGGGGAAACAUCAUAACUGGCGCAGUGUGGCAGCGUUUGUCGUCAUUGGAACCAUAGUUCUGGUGCUUAUCAUUGUGGGCAUAGUGUUUCUGGCUGGAGGAUCGGCAAAUAAUAAGAGAGCAGAGGCGAUCAUAAGUGGAGGGCCCCUGUACAAUGGAUCGAGCAUCUCCCUAGAAGAUGUUGUGGAAGGAAAGUUCAGUCCCAAAGGGUUUAAUGGCACUUGGAUCUCAGAUACUGAAUUUUUCUACAGAAAUGAACAAGGAGAUGCUGUCAUAUUUGAUGCCUCAACAAGAAGUUCAGAGAUUAUUAUGACCACUGAGUUUCUGGUAAGGACAAUUAAGUUACCAGAUGCACCAUUCAAUUUUGAACUGUCAGCAGAUCGCAAGUAUCUCCUAGUUGCUCACAGUUAUCGAAAAAUCUUCAGACACAGUUUCCUUGCCAGUUAUGACAUUGUUGACUUACAAACUAGAAAUAGCAUCCCACUUGAAAAUAGUGAGGUUGGACCUGAGCAUAGAAUACAUCAGCUUGUUGUGUGGGCUCCAGAAGGAAAUGGGUUUGUGUAUGUGCAUCGUAAUAAUAUUUACUACCGGCCAACUGCAGCCAGUAUAUCUGAAGUUCAGCUGACAUGAUCUGGCAUUCCAGGAGUUGUUUACCAUGGCAUUCCUGAUUGGGUUUAUGAAGAGGAAGUCCUCAGUUCAAAUACAGCUCUAUGGUUUUCACCAGACAGCAAAAAGCUUGCAUAUGCAACAUACAAUGAUAGUAAAACAAAAGUUAUGUCAAUACCUUUCUAUGGCCUACCUGGCAACCAGGAGUACCAGUACACUCAUGCAGUAAAUAUUCGUUAUCCUAAGCCUGGGACACCUAAUCCAAUAGCAGGGCUGAGUGUGAUUGAUUUAGAAGAAGCCAUUAAGGGUAACCCAAAUAGUAUACAACUACAACCCCCACAAGACUUGUUACACAGUGAACCUAUUCUGAGCGCCGUUAACUGGGCUACAGAAUAUAAUGUGGCUGCUGUGUGGAUGAAUCGUGUACAAAACAUUGCAAAGGUUGUGUCUUGCAGUGCGUAUAACUCACCCUGCUUAGAGCUGCUGUCUCUGAGAGAACCAUAUGGUUGGUUGGAUCUAUUCACUCCUCCCCUUUUUUCGCCAGAUGGUACCAAAAUGGUGCUGAUUCUUCCACAAAACCAAGGACCAACUAAUGGUGCCUAUCGACAUGUGAGUGUGGUGCAGCAAGGCCGAAAUAUUGCACUUACUUCUGGGAAAUUCACAGUCACUGAAAUCUUAUCUUGGGAUAGGGCAAGGAACUUAAUAUACUACUUGGCAACAGAAGAGAAGGAUCCAUCCACGCUUCAUCUUUACAGUGUGUCUGACAAUACUCAAACAGCUCCAAAUAAGCCAUUGUGUAUUUCAUGUGGCAUACAUACAGUUGCAGGUGACUCACAGUGUCUGUAUGUCAGAUCUACUUUCAGCCUGAACAGCAGCUACUAUAUACUUACAUGUACAGGACCUUGGGUUCCUGAAGUUGCAAUUUUCAAUAAGGACCAUGUGCGGCUAGUGGUACUGGAAUCUAACAAGGAAGUGAGACAAUUACUCCAAGGAAAAGUACUUCCCACUACCAAGCGGCUUGAAGUGUCUGUUCCUGGAGGCUUUAAAGCACAAGUGCAACUUUGGCUGCCGCCAAAUAUUGACACAUCUGGAAAAACUAAGUACCCCCUGCUGGUGAAUGUGUAUGGUGGUCCUGACUCUUACCAAGUCACUAAGCGAUUCAGUGUCGACUGGAGUACAUAUCUUACAGUGAACAAGAGUAUCAUUUAUGCAGCCAUUGAUGGACGUGGCUCAGGACUGAAGGGCAACAACAUGUUGUUUGCUGUCUACAGAAAACUUGGAGGUCCUGAGAUUGAUGACCAAGUCAAUGUAACAAGGUUUCUUCAGAACAAUCUUAAAUAUAUUGACUCAAAAAGAACAGCCAUCUGGGGCUGGAGUUAUGGUGGUUAUGCAACGGGCAUGGCACUGGCAAAAGACAAACAAAAUGUGUUCAAAUGUGGAAUUUCAGUUGCCCCUGUUGCUGAUUGGAAUUACUAUGAUACAAUCUACACUGAACGCUACAUGGGUCUUCCCACAUUACAAGACAAUUUGGAAGGAUACAUAAAUUCAGCUUUAACCAUAAUUUCUCCCAGUAUUCGCAACAAACAGUAUUUGCUGGUUCAUGGAACAUUGGAUGACAAUGUACAUUAUCAGCAGUCUAUGAUGCUUGCUAAAGCAUUGGAACAUAAUGAUGUUCUAUUCCAACAGAUGAGCUAUCCUGAUGAAGAACAUGGUCUAACAGGAGUACGACCACAUCUCUAUCACACGCUUGGAAAUUUCCUUGAUAACUGCUUUAACUUACAUGAGCAGACAGUUUAAUUCCCCUACAAAGCAGACAGCUAAAAUAUGUACCCAGUUAAAUUCUCAUAACAGGAAUUUAACCCACUAUGUGGAGAUAAAAAUUCAAAAUUAAGACAUCUGAAGUUAGCAAUGUUAUUACAGUCCACAUAAGUGUCUGCUACAGGUUGGACAGAACUACAGCAUCAUAUCUAAGUGCAGAUAAACAAUCCUGCAGGACCUAUGGUUCUCAUGGCAAUGUAUUUUAAGAUUAUGGUCUUUCAUGGUGUGACACCAUGUGUUUUGGUAGAUGCCAACAUCCUGGAAGAACUUGCUACCUCCCUCUUCAGGGUGGUCCCUGAUCUAACUUAUAUUUAUAUUCCCAGAGAGACAUUGUAAAGCAAAAGUGAUGUUAAUCACUGCUUCCUACAAGCACAUUGUUAUGCCUGGGGGGUUACAUUCCCAAAUAAACUAAAAAAAUUAUCAAAUAAUUCAAAUCAUCAGUUUAAUUGCUUGAAACAAAACACACAAACACUGGAAACAUUAGACUUUGCUAUAACCACUGGAGACCCAAUUAUUUUUUACUAUAUAAAAUCACAUUCUAUUAUUUUAGCCAUCAUUCCUACCUAAUGUCAUAAAAGUAAGUAAAGCUAUCCCUGUAACAGGCCGUGAAGGCCCAUAG